AUGGGGAACAGUGGCUCAGCCGUGAAGGUCUGCACCGAUCACCAAGGAGGCAUCAACUGGCUGAGCCUGAGCCCGGACGGGCAGCGUCUGCUCACAGGUAGCGAGGACGGCACCGCACGGCUCUGGAGCACUGCCGACAGCCAGUGCCAUGGCCACUUCCAAGGACAUGAAAGCUACAUCACCUUUUGCCACUUAGAAAACGAGGCUGCCUUCACCUGUAGUGCAGAUCACACCAUUCGAAAGUGGGAUGUGGUGACAGGUCAGUGCCUGGCCAUUUACCGAGGACACACUUCAAUUGUUAACAGGAUCCUGGUCGCCAAGGACUAUCUCUUCAGUGGCUCCUAUGACAGGACAGCCCGCUGUUGGAGUGUGGACAAGGAGAAACAAAUCCAGGAAUUCCGGGGCCAUCGGAACUGUGUCCUGACUCUGGCUCACUAUUCCUCCCGGGAUGUCCUUGAGGAGGAGGAGGAGGAAGAGGAGGAGGAGGAGAAAGUGAGCAGAGACCUCCUGGUGACAGGUAGCACAGACUGCACUGUUAAGGUCUGGUGGGUGUCCAGCGGGCGCUGUUACCAGACUCUGCUGGGACACACUGGGGCUGUCUUAUGCCUUAUACUUGACGCACCAAACAGGGAGCUGUUUUCUGGCAGCACGGAUUAUACCAUUCGAACGUGGAAUAUUGUCACUGGUGAGCAGCUGAAGGUGUUCAAAGAGCAUCAAGGAUCAGUGAUUUGCCUAGAG